AGUCAGUCUCCUAAUUCUGUGAAAGCAUACAACAAGGCGUAGGUCACCUUUAGCUUCAUAUCACCUCUAGAAAUUGCAGCAGGAUGUCUUUCAAGAGGGAAAUGCCACUUGCAAAUGCUGUAUUCUGGACUGCACGAAAAGGAAACGUGACUCUAUUGAGGCUACUUUUAAACAGUGGUCGAAUGGAUGCAGACUGCAAAGACAGUCUGGGGACCACUGCUCUGAUGGUGGCUUCAUACUGCAAUCAUAAGGAUUGUGUUCGAGAACUGAUUCUGCAAGGAGCGGACAUCAAUCUCCAAAGAGAGUCAGGUUCCACAGCAUUAUACUUUGCUGCCCAACAAGGAAACGAUACCAUUGUGAAAUUUCUUUUGGAGUAUGGGGCCUCCACUGAACUAGCAACUAAAGAUGGUGCUACUCCGCUUUCAAUUGCCAGUCAGAAUGGACAUGUCAAAGUGGUGGAGAUAUUACUCAACAGGAGAUGUAAUGUCAACAUCCAGCUGAAGGAUGGUGCUACAUCACUUUUUCUGGCAGCACAAGGAGGCCAUCUAAAUGUGAUUAACAUGCUCCUUGCAUCAGGAGCAAAGAUUGACCAACCAAGACAGGAUCUAACAACUCCAUUGUGGAUAGCAGCACAGAUGGGACACAAUGAUGUUGUAAAGCUAUUGCUCCAGUGGGGAGCUAAUUCAGAUACUGCUCGCAAGGAUGGCUCAACACCUUUAUUCAAAGCUGCUUACAAGGGUUUUAUUGAAGUUGUCCGAGAGUUACUAGCAUGUUCUCCUUCACUGGGAAUUCUUAAGAAUGGAACAACAGCUCUCCAUGCUGCAGUUUUAGGAGGCAGUGUCAAAACGGUGGGCCUUCUCAUUGAUUCUGGAGCAGAUCCAAACCUAAGAAAUACGGCAGAAGAAUUGCCAGCAGAUCUUACAAGGAAUGAUCGCCUAAUCAAACAGCUUCAAUCAAAACAAAAGCGUGGAGAAAGCUGAAGAUGUGGAAUCAAAUUAGGCUCAAGGCCCAUUCUGACAAACACAUCAGCGAACAGUGAGAACUGUAUAAUGGCACCUACUUCUGACCAGGGUCACAAUUC